GCGCAGGCGCGCGUCUUUAAGCGGGCGGAAGCGUUCGCACGAGGUAGGGCAACGAGCGGAAGCGGCUCCCGUGCUGGUCGCUGCCAUGCCCGGGGAUCACCGCCGCAUCCGCGGGCCAGAGGAGUCGCAGCCCCCGCAGUUGUACGCAACUGACGAGGACGAGGCGCCCGCCGCCCGCGAUCCGGUUCGGUUGCGGCCCGUGUACGCGCGCGCCGGGCUGCUGACCCAGGCUAAGGGUUCGGCCUACCUGGAGGCCGGAGACACCAAGGUGCUGUGCGCCGUAUCAGGCCCGCGCCAGGCGGAGGGCGGCGAGCGCGGCAGCGGCCCUGCGGGAGCGGGUGGCGAGGCUCCCGCCGCACUGCGCGGCCGCCUGGUCUGCGAGUUCCGCCGCGCGCCCUUCUCGGGCCGCCGGCGCCGCGCUCCCCAGGGUGGCAGCGAGGAACGCGAGCUGGCGCUAGCGCUGCAGGAGGCGCUGGAGCCGGCCGUGCGCCUGGGCCGCUACCCGCGCGCGCAGCUCGAGGUGUCGGCGCUGCUGCUGGAAGACGGCGGCUCGGCUCUGGCUGCCGCGCUCACUGCCGCCGCCCUCGCCCUGGCCGACGCGGGAGUUGAGAUGUAUGACCUGGUGGUGGGCUGCGGCCUGGGUCUCACACCAGGGCCGGCGCCCAUCUGGCUGCUGGACCCCACCCGGCUCGAGGAGGAGCGCGCCGCUGCAGGCCUCACGGUGGCGCUCAUGCCCGUGCUCAAUCAGGUCGCCGGGCUGCUGGGCAGCGGCGAGGGGGGCCAGAUCGAGAGCUGGGCGGAGGCCGUGCGCCUGGGCCUCGAGGGCUGCCAGCGCCUCUACCCGGUGCUGCAGCAGUGCCUGGUGCGCGCAGCUCGUCGAAGGGGCGCCGCCGCCCCGCCCUGAAGCCGAAGCCUGAGCAACGAUAUACGCCGAGGACCGAGGCGAGGACCGGGCUGCCUCAGCCCUAAAAGGAUCUGCGCCGCCGGCCUCCUAACUGCGCCGACCUCAGAAGUUGGAGCACAGGAGAGGGUGUGGAGAGAUAGAGCGGAUGUGCUGGCAGCUGCAUAGAUACAGCUUUUUACAAACUAUUCCUUAUUAAAGGAGCUUUGCUACUCGAGCUGGCUCCCAGCCACAACCCCGUUGAGGAAACCUGUGAGACAAGCCGACUCCCAUGUUGGAAUGGACUUCAGUUGGACUCACUUGAAAGAUGAGACCUGGAGCCGUGGUCUUGUAAAAGGUGGCCCCCUUCAGGCUCCCACUGACUCCCUCGCAUGUAAACUGGGCUAGUUUUGAGAGGAUGGGCAAGGGUCUGUGCCUUCUUAAUAUUUAAUAUCUGAGCUAAAACCUUUUUAUACCUGAAAAA